AGCUCGAACCGGAAGCGGAAUCAUGCAAAACAGGAAAUACACCAAACACACCGCACACAGGACGCGGUGGCUCCAUUUUCUGGCGAGCGUUGAACUUUCGUUGUGCCACCUUUUAUAGUAUAGACAGAUUUGUCUUUUUUUCAUUGAUUGCUGGAUUGAAACGACCACAUUUCCAAGAUGGGGGGCGGUGAUCUGAACUUGAAAAAGAGCUGGCAUCCCCAGACUAUGAAAAACAUCGAGCGCGUUUGGAAAGCUGAACAGAAACAUGAGGCUGAACGCAAGAAGAUUGAGGAGCUCCAGAAAGAGCUGAAAGACGAACGAGCUCGAGAAGAAAUAACAAGAUUUGCACAGGAAGCCGGUUCCAUCAAGAAAAAGGAUGACCGCCUGGACUGGAUGUACCAGGGCCCUGCUGGUCAGGUCUCCAGAGAUGAGUAUCUUCUGGGACGUUCCAUUGACAAGCAGAUCACCGACCAAUACGAGGAGCCCGAGAGCGGUCCAUCGGCUGAGACUGGCCUCCUGCCUGGGUCCAUCUUCAACCCUUCCACUCCUGCCUCAAACCUCGACCUGGCUGCCAAGAUCAGGGAAGAUCCCCUGUUUGAAAUCAGGAAACGUGAGGAAGAAAAGAAGAGAGAAUUUUUGAGUAAUCCAGUGAAGAUGAAGAAAAUCAAAGAAAUGCUGCGCCAGAAUCUCAACAAGAAAGACAAGAAGAAGAAGAGGAAGAAGGAUAAAAAGGAGAAGAGAGAAGACAAAGAGAGAAGAAAGGAGAAGAAGCAUAAGAGAAGGAGUUCAAGUUCAAGCUCAGUUGAGGAAGAUGAGAAAAAACACAGGACACAUUCCCGAGAUGAAUCUUCAGCAGAUACCAAACAUCGUUCCCAUCAUCUUCCAGGCUAUGGCCUACUGCUCCCCACUGGCAGACAUCACCAGUCCUCAGCUCCCUCCAAUCACUCAGGGCGCCGUGGGAGGAGCAGCUCCCGGUCGCCACACAGGAACCACAGAGACAAUCACUUUGACUCUUCUUCCUCACACAGAGGAGACAAGAAGGUUGAGCCCAAAGCUUCCAGCCAACAGGGAGAGCGUUACCAGAGACCGAGGCACCCUGUGUCCAAGAAGCUUACUGCAGAUGAGCUGGAGCACAAGAGGCGGGAGAUGAUGGACCAGGCCAAGCAGAGAGAUGAGGACAGGGAGAAUAAUGUGAAGAGAUACAAGAAGCAAGAGGAGCAGGAAAAGCAGCAGGAACAAAAUGUCAAGUUUGACCGCCAUGCUGGCUUCAUUCAUAACAUGAAGCUGGACAGUGCUGCAAGCUCUUCCGUAGAGGACAGAGUGAAGAGGAACAUCCACUCCAUUCAGAGGACUGCAGCCUCCCUGGACAACUUCAUGAAGAGAUGAAGACACAACACAUGUAUAAUAUAGAUUAUCUAAAUGAAAAAGCUUGACAAGACUACGCCACACACUCCUUUAGCUGUCUCUGCAUGUAUUAAUGCAUUGAGGAUGGAUGGUGUGGUGGGAGUCUGUCAUGAGUUCAAACAAGGAACGACAGGCUCCAUGCCUACCAGUUGCUUUUAUUUUGAAAAGUAUUUUCCACAAUGGUAACGUCAUUUAUAUUUCAGACUAUCAUGGCUGAUCUGUUUGUUACUUUCUUUAAAGCAAAUAUCCCCUUUAAUGUUCAUGUAAUCAGAACGUUGUACAGUAUAUCGUUUUAGUUUUUACAGUAUAAUAGGACCUGCUUUUAAGGUUUUUGUAAUAUAUGUUUGUUACUUAGUGUUGUUACUCCUGUGAGUGGCAAAUUAAAUGAAAACAUAUUUCCACUCUGUCGUUCAGACACUAAUAGAUAAAACCACAUAUAUACACCAA